AUGUCUUUUCAUACUACUGUGAUCAUUAUUAUAGUCACAAAGGAAGAUUUUAUUUCUCUAACCCAGGGUUUCGCUAAGUAUCAAAUGUCCAAAAAUGAUUUUAGUGUUGUUCGUUGGAAGUAUUUCUACCCCUUUAAUCAACCUUACACUGAAUUUUCAAUUGGAGAUAUCAUAAUGUUCAUGGAUAAAUUUAUAGUUGAAAAUCUUGAACAAUACAUUUCUGUUUCUUAUGCUUGUGUUGUUGUGGCUAAUGACCCUGAUCGAGAAUUUGAAGCCAAUGAAAUACCGCUUAGCACUCCUCACUGCAUGUUUCCUGCGCUUGUCUCCUGUAAACCAAAGGAUUGCAGAGAGUCUACUUAUUUUGAUGCUAGAUAUUAUCAAUAUAAUUCGAAUAUGAAUUCAAGAAAUGUCCAUAUGAAAUUGAGAAUAUUUUAUCCUACCAAUGCUCUGCGAUUCUCUUAUCUGCAUGUUAAUCACAGUAUUAAAAUAGGCAGAAUGUUUAUUGUGUCUGGUUUUGUUAAGCGUAUAACAUCAGAUUUUAUAAUAGUUAAACUUACGGAUCUCGACUUUAUAUCUACUAAUGCCAAUACAAUCCAGGAUGUGCAAGUGAGCACUUCUUCAAUUGCUUCAGAUAAUCAGUCAGAUAUUGAUCUGAUCACUGAAGAUGUUAACUCUACUACAUCACAGGUGCUGAAAAGGUCUCAUGUAAUUAUGUCAAGAUCUUCUAAACAAAGUACUAGCUCGUCUUCUGUUACCAGUAACUCCACUACACCUUUUCCAACUUCGAUAACACCCAUUAAUAUUAAUUCUGAAACAUUUCAAAUCCAAAAAGAAAAAAUAAAUUAUGUUUUAAAAGAUGAUGUUUUAGAAUACUUGCAUGAACAGAAUGUUGAAGAAGAACAGAUAAAAAAAGAAGUAAGAGAAUCCUGA